GUCCAGCAACAGUGGAUGUGAUGGAGGGGACCUCAGUGAGUUUGAUCUGCUCUGCUGCAGCCCCCUGUCCCUCACUCCCCCCAACUCUGACCUGGACCCCCACACUGAGUGACAGUGUGGAGGAUUCUCAGGAGACUCCGAAUCAAGUCAUAACUUCUAUCCUGAACUUCACUGCUUCACAUGUCCACCAUGGAGAGAAGAUCUCCUGCACUGCGUUGUACAAACGACAAGCUGGCAAGAGUGAUAAAUCAUCCAAAACGUAUCUGACAGUCUCUGUUCUUUACUCUCCCAAGAACACCUCAGUGUCAGUCAGUCCCUCUAGUUCAGUGGUAGAGGGCAGCUCUGUGAGUCUGACCUGCAGCAGCAAUGCCAACCCAGCAGUGGGGCGCUACAACUGGUACAGAGUCAAUGGAGAACAGGUCACAACAGUGGGGGCUAGAAGAAUGCUAUCUGUCCAGGUACCAGCAGAUGACAGUUAUUUCUACUGUGAAGCCAGCAAUGAUCAUGGAACAGAGAACUCAUCUGUCAUUCAACUAGAUGGGAUGUACCCUCCCAAGAAGACCUCAGUGUCAGUCAGUCCCUCUGGUUCAGUGGUAGAGGGCAGCUCUGUGACUCUGACCUGCAACAGCAAUGCCAAUCCAGCAGUGAAGAACUAUACCUGGUACAAAAUCAAUGGGACUGAGGCUGUCAUUUUAGGAUCUGGAGAGAGCUUUACCUUAGACAGUAAAGCAAGUGAUAGUGGGGAGUACUGCUGUGAAGCACUGCAUGCACUUGGUACGGAAAAAGCCACAGUUGUUCAGCUGGAUAUUCAAUAUCCCCCCAAGAACACCUCAGUGUCAGUCAGUCCCUCUAGCUCAGUAGCAGAGGGCAGCUCUGUGACUCUGACUUGCAGCAGCAAUGCCAACCCAGCAGUGAAGAACUACACCUGGUACAGAGUUGAGGGAUGGGAGAAGGACAUUGUAGGGUCUGAAGAGGACCUCAACAUCUUCAAUGUGACCAGGCUUUCAAAUGAACAGUACUACUGUGAGGCUCAGAAUGUCCAUGGACUGCAGAACUCUGAAGCCAUCAGAAUCGAUGUAACAUUUGCUUCAGAGAUCCUGAACACCUCUCGCUGCAUCAGGAUUUCAGCUACAUCUCAGAUCAGAUGUUCCUGUGAUAGCCAUGGAAACCCUGCUCCCACACUGGUGUGGCAGUUGGCUGGAGAAUCUGUCAAUCACUCCACUAACACCAUCAUCAGGGAGGAGCCAAUGGGCAGAGCAGGCCUGAGGACCUCCCUCACCAUCCGCCAAUCACAGGAGGAGGAAAUACCGAGUCUGGUCUGCCUCAGCACCAACUCUGAUGGUUUUGACAGCUUCUCAUUUAACUUAACAUCAAUGAAAACAUAUGAAGUCCUAAGCUCUCACAUUGCCAAAUAA